CAGAGAACAGUGGGUGUAAAUGAGUAACUGAUGUUGUAGUGGAAUGUAUAUCUUUCUGUUGAUCAUUUUCUGUUUUCUCAAGCAUUGUGUAGUAUGUCUGUUGUCUUUGUUGUUUAAGAGGAGGUGAAGAAGCAGAACAACUCAAAACCAUGACACUGUUCCUUCAGGAAGAGCAGUUCAAGUUGACAGAAACCUUUUCAGUUACGCAAAUCAAGGUCUGCCAGUCAUGAAACGAAUUCUUCUGUUUUUUAUCCUGGCUGCUGCUGUUAUGUAUGGUAUACUGCAUGGAAAUCUGUGGAGAAAUAACCUCUACUGGAUUAGCUUUUAUGGACAGACUUCCUCUGUGAGGGCUCCUCAUUCCUAUGAGACUAGUGGAGUUACCCAGCUGCCGCCUACAGCUGUGGAGAGAAGGAAUGUGCUGGACGCUUGUCUCCUGAAACCAGCAUUUGAAUCUUUACUGGGUGUUGACAAAAUAUACCCGUUCCUGUGCACUAAUGAUUUUAUCAGAGUGGCAGAGUUCCACGGGAGCGAUAAGUUUGAACUACCUUAUGGAAUAAAGAAAGCAGAGCAAUUUUUUCAUUUAGCCCUUUCAAGACUGCAGAACUGUGGACUUUAUAAUGAAGAUGACAGCAUUGCCUGUCGACGGUGUGUUGUGGUCGGUAAUGGAGGAGUACUUCGAAAUAAGACUUUAGGGGAGAAAAUUGACUCAUAUGAUGUGAUAAUAAGAAUGAAUAAUGGCCCCGUUAUAGGGUACGAAGAGGAUGUUGGGAGGAGGACGACUUUCCGACUUUCUUACCCAGAAUCCAUCUUCUCAGAUCCGAUCCACUAUGACCCUAAUACGACUGUUGUUCUCAUCGUCUUCAAACCACGUGACUUGAAGUGGCUUUGGGAGAUACUAGGUGGUCAGAAAAUAAGUGCUAAAGGCUUUUGGAAGAAACCGGCUCUGAACAUGAUAUACAAAUCUAGUCAAAUCAGGAUUCUUGAUCCCAGCAUCACCAGAAAAACAGCUUAUGAAUGGCUUCGUUUCCCAACAAGGUUUCCCAAAAAGGAGAAACCCAAGCAUCCAACCACGGGGCUAAUUGCCAUUACACUAGCAUUUCACAUAUGCCAUGAAGUUCACCUGGCAGGCUUCAAGUACGACUUCACUGACAGAAAUGGUUCUUUGCACUACUACGGCAACGACACAAUGUCUCAAAUGAUGAAGAACGAAUACCACAACAUCAACGCUGAGCAGAAAUUUUUGAAGAAGCUUAUAGACAAGAACUUUGUGGUCAAUUUGACGUGAAAGCUGAAUGGAAAAUACGAAGAACAAUCACUAUUUUUAAGAUUUGAAAAAUUUUUAUUUUUUGUAUGACAUUUUUAUUUUUUAAGUGCAGCAUAACUGUUUACUGUUUAAAAGGAGCACAGAAACCUCACCAAGGCAGAAGCUUCUUCUAAGCCUGAGGGUAAUGGACUUUUGCAAACAGAGUUAACUGAAUUUCUGUGAAGCUAUUUAAUAAUGGGAAAACCAUGAAACUUUCAGCUGAAAGUAUCAGGGAUACAUAAAAAUGUGAUGCACAUCACUUAUUUAUCAGCAAGAACUCUUUCCAAAUGAUUACUUCUCUGGAAUACUUUUGUUUCUGAUGUUGUCCUCCGAAAGGGUUACACUGUCAAGAAACUGAGAUGACCGCUGUUUAAUUAGUAGAUGGAUGUAAAGUCUUGAAUGUCUGUCUUGUAGUAUGAAAAUGGCUUUAAAACAGUGCCUAAAAAUCAUUACUGUGUGUUUGGGAGGAGGGGGAACAUACAGAACGUACAGGUUUUGGUCUGCCCUACUCCUGGGGAGGGGACGUCCAUCUUCAGCAAAGAAGCCACAGCUUCUGCACUGGCCAUCGACUCUGAGCUGCUGUCUGCCUUUGCUGAAGGUGAAGACCCUUCGGUCCGAUUUCUGGAGAUGCUGGUAUUGACAGUGCUCAUGUUGUACCCGCUUUAUGGAAAACCAUACUCUCCGUGCUGUGCGUCCAAUAAAUUGUACAGUGGGU